AUGGCGUCUCCACCUACUCAAGAUGUCGUCGCCAGCGAGAGGCACGUGUCGCGCUUCUCGGCUGGCGACGAUGAGAUUGUCAACGAACAAAAGGUUGCCUUGAAUGACGACUCAGUGCCCAAGACUGGAGAGAAGAGCGAGUUUGAGAUCACCUCGGCUCCGGUGGACGACACUGACGCCCCUGAAAAGGGCGACGUCGAAGGAGAAGUCAUCAUCAUUACUGGCGCUGACGCCGCUCACCACUUGCUGCCCCUGAGAGAUGACUUUGACCCCGUCAUCACCUUCCGUAGUCUGCUCUUGGCCACGCUUCUGUCGGGUUUCCAAGCUGUGAUGCAGCAGAUCUACAUGUUCAAACCCACAUCCGUCACCCUUUCCGGAACUUUCACCGUCCUGAUUGCAUAUUUUGCCGGCAACGCUUGGGCUACUUUCCUGCCUCGCGGGGACAAGCUCGAGGCUCGCUGGAGGGCCAGGGGCGGCCAGGGUGAGGUGCCUCGCUAUAUCUGGCUCGCCUCGCAGAUCAACCACGGACCCUGGAGUCUCAAGGAGCAUGCCAUUGCGGCCCUCACCGCAACGUCCUCAUCCAAUGCCGGCGCCAGUAUCGAGGUCUUCGCGGCGCAGGACCUCUUCUAUGACCUGCCCCUGAGUAUGGUCACCGUCGUGCUCUCCAUCAUCUCCAUCGGUCUCUUCGGCUAUGGACUGUGCGGCAUCUUCCGCCCCAUCACCGUCUGGCACGUCGACGCCGUCUACUGGAGCACGCUGCCCGUCGUCAAGACCCUUCAGGGUCUUCACUGGCAGGAGGUGAAGAGCUCCAAGCCCCUCCGGGUCUUCUGGUAUGCCUUUGCCGGUAUGGCCGCUUACGAGUUCUUCCCUGCCUACAUCUUUCCCUGGCUCAACUCGGUCUCGGUGCCCUGCCUUGCGGCUAUGAACGCCACAGGGUCCAAGGCAGCCGUGCUGAAGAACCUUUUCGGGGGCUCGAUCAACAAUGAGGGACUGGGAAUGUUCAGUCUGUCGUUUGAUUGGCAAUAUAUCACCUCGAUGAAUACGUCCCUCCCGCUCACGCUCCAGCUCCACUCCAGCAUCGGGUAUCUGAUUUGCAUGAUUGUCAUGCUGGCCAUCUACUACAGCAACACCUGGAGCGCCAAGUCGCAGCCGUUCAUGUCGACGCGUCUCCGCGCAGAGGAUGGGACCGUGUACCCCUCUGCCAAGGUGUUUGCCGGCGGCGUGCUGGACAAGGCGGCCUUUGCGCAGUACGGCGUGCCCAUGCUGACGGGAACCUUUGCGUACGCCAUGUUCAUGGCGAAUGCUGCUAUUGGCGCCUUGGUCGCUCACUGUGUCGUCUUCUGGGGUGGAGACAUUGUGCGCACCUUCAAGAGCGCAAGGAAGGGCGUGUUCAACGAUCCUCACCACCAGCACAUGGUCAAGCACUACAAGGACGUGCCACACUGGUGGUACAUCUCCGUGCUAGUCCUCAGCUUCAUCCUUGGCCUCGUUGUUGUGAUCAAGGAGAACAUUACUCUGCCAGCCUGGGGAUACGUAGUCUCGAUUCUGCUCGGCAUUUUGAUUGCGCCUUUUAGCACGAUUCUUUACUCUAGAUUCGGCAACGGCAUCGCCACGAACAACCUCUCCAAGAUGAUUGCUGGUCUCCUGCUGCCCGAGCGUCCUGUUGGCAACAUGUACUUUGCCGCCUGGUCUCACAACGUCAUCGUCAACACCGUCAACCUGUCCAACGACCUCAAGAUGGGCGAGUACCUCAAAAUCCCGCCCCGCGCCAUGUUCAUCACCCAGAUCUACGGCACGGUCCUCGGCGGCUUCGUCAACUAUGCCGUCAUGAGAGCCAUCGUGAACGGCAAUCGCGAGCUGCUCGUCAACAGCGACGGCAACAGCUCCUGGAGCGGCGCGACGAUCCAGUCCUACAACACCAACGCCACAUCAUGGGCGCUGGCCAAGUACCUCUACAAAUCAGGCACCCGCUACGAGGCCAUCCCCUUCGGUCUCCUCGUCGGCGCCAGCAUCGUCGUCGUGCAUCGCAUCUUCGCACACUUCGUGCCCAAGAUCAAGCGCUUCUCGCUCUACGACCUCAACAUGCCCCAGCUGAUCCAGUACGCGGGCUAUAUCCCCUACAACGCGUCGCAGACGUGCGUGCUCCUGAGCCAGGUCCUCAGCGGCCUCUUUGUGCAGUACUACCUCCGCAACCACCGCCCGCGCAUCUUCAAGGACUACUCGUACCUCGUGACGGGCGCUUUCGACGGCGCCAGUCUGACGGUGCUGUUCAUCUUGUCGUUUGCCGUGUUUGGGGCGGGUGGGAGGACGGUGCAUUUCCCGAAGUGGUGGGGGAACAAUGCUGAUGGGCUUUACGAUCACUGCCCGUCGCCGGAGUAG